AUGUCCACCCCGACCACAAGUCUGAGCCAAACACCCUCUCCUAACGUCCAAGCUGGCUUCAGAAAGGCGGGCAUGCCGGCGCACCCCCCUAUUCCUGGGACCUCCAGCUCUGCCCAUCGGCCCAGCAAACGGAAUCGUGAUGAAGAUGAGGAAGCAGUCGUAUCGUCGUUCCGGACAGGAAGCAAACGGACGAAGACCUCCACGGGCCUUCCAAGGUGGCCUUCAUCUACCACCAACUCCUCGGCCAAGCAGGUGAUUACAGAUCCGGACGAGUGGCUUGAGGCUUUACAGUUGCCCAACACGCCCUUUACAUGCAAACUCGAAGGGGCCAACAACCACGAACUCUGUAGCGGUAUUAUCCCUGGCACGAUCAUGGGGGUGCGCGAUCAUGUUCGUGGUUGCGCCUCAGGCUCGUCGGUCAAGCGGGAUGGCAAAGCCAACAGCAAAAGCAGCACGAAAGGGAAAGCGAGAAAAGUAACGAAAAAGAAGGAGGAAAUCGUAUGCCACUGGAUGCUGGACGACAGAACGCGCUGUUCCUGCACAGUUUCGACCGUCCACGAAUAUGGACGGCACAUUUUUACGAAACAUGGUCCAGGGGCUGAGUAUAUGCUGAGAUGUAAAGCAUGCGGGUGGACAAAGAAUGGACGGAAGGACGAAGGCGCUCGCCAUGUGAGGACUUUCUUCAUCUUCCAUGUCCUCGUUCUCACCACCCACAGGCUCCGACCAGCAAUGGUCAAGGAGUCCAUCCUUGGUUCACUCCCCGCGUUCGGUAUCAUCGAGCGAGUUGGUCUCAACGCCGGAUACAAACAUGUCCCCUCUCCCAUUACCUGUGGUAUGGGAUUCUUCCUUGCCAUCGUUCCCUUCUUCCUCACGGUGGCUAGAUCUAAUGAUCCAAAACAAUCGAACAGGGAUUUAGACUAA